ACUGAGGAGUUGAGUUAAUGUAGGUGGACAGGAAUCACAACAGGCUAGCUUCAGAGAUAUCUGCUUAAUCACUUUUGCCAAACUUACAUGCUAAAGCUAACUAGAUAAAAUUGACCUCCAUUGUGAACUCGGAUCAAAGGUCUCGACUCAGACUAAUCUAACAAGCUAAUAAGGACCGCAGCUAACAUCAUGUUUAUGAACAAGUCCGCCUGGUUUUCAAGCAGUGUGCCUCAGACACGUCAGAACAUUUGGAUUUUGGAAGGUGGGAUCAUGGCUAAUUGGAGAAAAGCAGAUUACCUUUUCAGUGAAGAUGCCACAUGUCCUGAUACUCAGAGGAUAUUUGAGAGCAAGGAUUGUCUCUGGAACAAGGUGGUGGUUUUUCACAGCUUGUUCCUGUCCGUCUGUGAGAUGCGCCAGAGUGUGAAGUCAGUGUGCAUCGGUCACUAUGUGCUGCCUCCAGCCUCGGUGCAGGAAGAGGUGAGAGGAGUGGUAGGGCGGUUGAUCUGGGAGCGUGAAGUUGAGCAGCCAGUGGCCCGGCGCUCCAAUGAGAGAGGUAGCUGCAAGAGUGAAGAUGAGUACAGUGAAGACAGCAGGAACUGUUCUGAACCAUCCGACACAGACUCAUCUGAAAGUGAAGUAUGUGGUCAUGAUCAAGAUGGAAACAAGCUAACAGGGUACAUCAGCAUGGACAAUGUGCAGAAGUAUUCAGGUGAUCUGCAUGAUUUUCAUCCCGGAUGUUUCCGAUGCUCCAACUGUAAAACUCGUAGCUGCUUGCAGCACAUGUGAGCAAACGUGCACCGAGAGAGAGCUUCUUCAAAAUGGACCAGGUUUCAGUUUUGCUGUCCAUGUGGCAAGCUUCAUGUUGUUUUGUU